UGCUGACGAGCCACAGGUAGUAGCUCAGGUAUUUUCAGUCGACGAUGAGUACACCCUAACAUUUCCAAAAAGAUCGUUCAGUUCAGUGUCACUCGCCCCAAAAAAACUCAAUUUCCCCAUAAUCCAAUAAAAAUAAUCACCCUACAUGAUAUUUGUGUAAAUACACCUAGGUACGUCAGCGGGGAGCUUACACGACAAUGCCUUACUACAACAGUGGCCACACCUCUUCUCCAUACGCAAAAGAUGUCAUGAGCGGUCCCUCCAACUCAUCCGGCAGCCGAGGUGGUGCAGGGACCGAGCCAACUUACAUGAUGGAGCAUUUGGCGACUUUCACAGUAACCAAGGAGACUGGCAUUGUUUAUCCAGCCGAUGGUAUGCGAAGACUCCUCCAGCUUGAAAAGAGCAAUGGUAUAUGGAGUCAAAAGAUGCAGCUUCGUCUGGAGCGCAAUUGGGUGUUGAUAAUGGAUAACGAAACUGGGGCGGUGAUGGAGAGAUUUCCAGCGGCUCUCAUUCAAGAGCCGACAGCCUUUACAUCGCGAGAUCCAAUGGAGAUGUACAACAAUAUCCUAGUGUUCACAGUGGCCGACGACAGUGGCUCAGGACAGCGCGCUGAAAUGCACAUAUUCCAGUGUCAGAGUGUCUCUGCGCAGGAUCUCGUGGAGGACCUGAAGAUGCUGCAACUGGGCAAACUAGUUCCCGGCGGUUCACCUCGAGGACCGAGGGGUCAAAUACCACCGCCUCCAGCACUACCCCCGCCAGAGCCACCGUUAAACGGCGUCAGUGUUCGCGAGCAGGUCUCAGCAUUCAAUGCAAACAGUCCCACUGAUCGCGAAGAGAACAACGACGAGGUGUCCUCGACAUCCUCCGAGAAAUACGAGCGAGACGUAACGAUCCUCAACCACUGUUUCGACGACAUCGAAAAAUUCAUAGCAAGACUGCAGCACGCAGCGGCCGCCUCCCGCGAGUUGGAGCGUCGAAGACGCAACCGAAAAUCAAAAAAACGUAAUCUGGGUGACGGUAUGCUGACAAUGCGUGCCAAGCCACCCCCCGAGAUGGAGUUCAUCGACAUCUUCCAGAAGUUCAAGCUCUCAUUUAAUUUGCUGGCUAAGUUGAAGGCCCACAUUCACGAUCCAAACGCUCCAGAGCUGGUGCACUUCCUGUUCACCCCUCUGGCGCUGAUAGUCGAUGCCUCCCAUGACACAAAUUACGAUCCAAAUUUACCGAGCAAGGUGGUAUCGCCCCUGCUGACCCGGGAGGCAGUCAAUCUUCUGAUAAAUUGCGUUACAUCUAAGGAAACUGAACUCUGGCAUUCCCUGGGUGACACCUGGUUAAUUCCAAGGGAUCAGUGGAAAGGUCAUGUGCCGCCCUAUCAUCCGGUAUUUAUGGACGGCUGGUCACCGGAAUAUCCGAUUCCCGAGGAUCGCGAUCACGAUCAUUUGGCUUCACUGUUGAACGCCGAUAAGCAGAAACGAGAUGAAAUACCCGAACAGCAGGGGGAUAAUUACUACGGUCAUCGGGAUGUCGAGGAGUCGCACUACAGCAGUGAUUACUUGGAGUAUGAGAGUCGCGAGGAGCGUGGCAAUAACGAUUACUUCGAGAGGGAGAGAAAUUAUGUGCCUGGAUCGGAAUUGUACACUCGAGAGGAGAGGGACAGAGGGGAUCAGACACGAGCGCACAGUGACAUUUCGGUGGAUUCGAUCGAACGCAAUCCGAGAACUGCCUCUGGCAUUGACAGGGCCCAGGAGGCCUGGCUGGACGAUCUCAUAACGCGCAAUGCUAAAAUCGUUCAAGUCACUUAUCCCAGAACGGCUAACAAUGAUAAGGAGCUGACGGUUGUCAGGGGCGAGUAUCUGGAGAUUCUUGAUGACAGCAGGAAGUGGUGGAAGGCGAGGAAUUCUCGGGGUCAAGUUGCCCAUGUGCCCCAUACCAUUGUUACACCACAUAAUCCGUCACAUCCUUCUGAUGAUGUCUUCAAUAAUCCUCUUUAUUCUUCGAGAUAUCAGAGGCAACAGCAUGGGUACAAUUAUGAGGAUUCUGAAAUUGAAGGAACAAGCACUAGUCCCGGUCCAGAAGCAACCCAUCGAUCGCACGCGAUUCCACCCCCUGCGCCAGCUGACUGGGUACGCAAAGAGCGUCUCGGCAAGAAAGUGAACGAAGGUGAAUCUGAAAUUUCUGAACUGCAUGGAAAUGUCAUAUCCUCUAGUCCAGUGGAACCCACAGGAUCACGAAGCACUUCGAUCCUCACUUCACGACCAGUGCAAUCAGAGGAAUCAAACAGCUCGGGGUUGAAAAAUACGGGAAAAUUACAUAACUCAAAUGCAGACCAAAGAAUUGCGCAUUCUUCAAUUAGUGGUCAUGCCGUGGCUCCGCCACCCCCGCCCCCGCCUCUUCCAACACCAUCGGAAAGUACUUCAUCGAAUUCGAGUAGAACUGGAACGCUGAGAAGUAAUAAAUCAAUGAACGAUGGAGCUUCGCAGAUACAAAUGCAAGAAGAACUGAAGUGUGUUCUCACAAUGUUUCGGGAUAGAAAGAAAAACGUUGAUAUUGUGAAGACACCAGAGAUUUACGUCGACCAACACUCAACACCGCGGGAAGUGCAAGAGUGGUUGGCCAUGAAAAGCUUUUCCGAGAAAAUUUGUAGGCAAUUUAAAGGGAUGACAGGUGCCGAUUUAUUCAGUCUCACCAGACGACAGUUGGAGCAAUAUUGUGGUCCUGUCGACGGUAAACGUUUGGACAGCCAAAUAACACUGUCUCGUAAUGCAUCAGGGUACCACACGGCAAGGACCUGUGAACUAAAGCAAAUACUGGAAAAGGCAAGGAAGAAGGUCGAGGAUGCCAGUGACACCGAAUGAAGGGAAGAAAUACCUAAUUUAUUAAUGAUUAAUUAUUAAUUGGUCUACGUGUUCGACGAGUUCGGACCUGAGAUUAUCUUGCCAAUGAGAAUUUCCAAACACUGGAAAAGAAAAUUCAGUAACGAAGCUACUGAAGUAAAACGGUUCAAGUCAAUUUAUCUCUAAGCUGUGUUUUCGAGGAAUAU